UUAUUUUCACAACCAAAAACACACAGAAAAAAGAAAAGAAAAGAAAGGAAAAGAGGAACCAAAAACACAAUAGUCAUCAGCACCAGUUACACACUACAAUCAUUCAACACAGAUUCUUCCAUUCCCAGAAAUCCAAAGAAACACACACACACACACAUUGAACCAAAGAAAUGGCAGUUCUAAAUUGCUACUAUCUCUCAGUAACCUCAACAGCCACACCAAAAUCUCAAGAAUCUGCACACAAUUUAUCCCCAACACAAUCCCCACAACCACAUCCAAGGCAAACAAAAGUGAUUCUUCCUAAAAAGAAGCCUAUGAAAUGGUCCACUGGGGAUGCUCCAGGUGAUUAUGGGGGCCCACCUACUACAACUAAGCUUAGAAAAUACUGGGGUCAGGAUGUAGACCCUCUUACUUCUGAUGAUUUUAUUUGGAAUAAAGAAUUCAUGGGUCGUAUGAAAAAGUAUGUUCAGGAUCCUCAAGAAAAUGAUACUGCUUCUCGCUCUGCUCCUAAAAAGGAAGAGUCAUCUGGAUUUCUAAGUUUAAACAGAGUCAUGAGUCUUGACAGUUUGGAUGUUGACUUGACUGAGAAGCUAAUAGCCCGUUCGAAACCUAUUCUAGACCCCACAGUCGAGGAAACUCAGGCUAGUGUAAGUGCAUCUCAAAGAUGGAGACCAGCACCAACACGACGUGAGCAGGAGAAGUGGGAUAGGGCUGCAAAGGCUGCAACUGGGGGAAGUGUUACUCCGGGAAAAGGGGAUCCAAAGGUUUUAGCUGCUCAGUCAGUGGAGCAGUAUCUUAAGUUGAAGGACAAAAUGCAGUUCCUCACCCUUGGGAUUGGUGGUGUUGGCAUACUUUCAGCAUAUGUCUCUUAUUCUCCUGAAAUUGCAGCUAGUUAUGGAGCUGGGCUACUUGGUUCAUUGAUGUACAUACAUAUGUUGGGGAACAGCGUUGAUUCUAUAAGGACUGAUGGACCCAAAGCGCUUAUCAAGGGAGCAGCUGGGCAGCCGAGGCUAUUGGUUCCUGUUGUUUUGGUUAUGAUAUAUAACCGGUGGAAUGGGAUUCUUGAGGCGGAGUAUGGGUUCAUGCACCUUGACUUGAUACCCAUGCUAGUUGGAUUCUUCACUUACAAGAUUGCAACUUUUGCCCAAGCUAUCGAAGAUGCAUUGACGACAGUUGUAGAAAAGAAGACAGAAACAUAAUUUUAAUAGAGACAGAAUUUCAGGUUCUGCAAAAUGGGAUUCAAGAACGUAGUGACUACUAGCAUUCAAGAACAUCUUUUUGCUCUCACGUCUGUGCUGUCUUGGGAAAUAUCAAAGAAUUCAAGUGGUUGCGGAUAAGUGUAUGAGUGUUGGUAAUUUUAGGUUCUGAAUUCUUAGAAUGGAUAAGGUUAGGGCAAAUGUAUCUAUUGUUAUAGCUGUCCCGGACACCAUUGUCAUGAUAAAUUUAUUAAUUUAUGGAUGCGGUCAUGCACUAAAUCAUAUUGAGGGUGUUUGAUUAAGCUUA